AUGAUGGGAAAGCAAGGUGGAAAAAAGAAGAAGAGUGCAGGAGAAAAAUCAGGUGAUGCUUCAAAUCAAAGCAAAACUGGGGAUAAUAGCCCAAAAGCCUAUGAUAAGGACACAGCAGUUUUCAUUUCAAUGUCUCAAGAACUGAAGGACGAGGGGAACAAGUUGUUUCAGAAGAGGGACCAUGAAGGAGCUAUGUUGAAAUAUGAGAAAGCCCUCAAGUUGCUUCCACGAAAUCAUAUCGAUGUAUCCUAUCUUAGGAGUAACAUGGCGGCCUGCUAUAUGCAGAUGGGGCUGAGUGAGUACCCCAAGGCUAUCAAUGAGUGUAAUUUGGCUCUUGAAGUCACACCUAAGUACAGUAAGGCGCUGUUGAAGCGGGCCAAGUGUUAUGAGGCUUUGAAUAGGUUGGAUUUGGCUCUGAGAGAUGUUGGUACCGUUUUGAGCAUGGAGCCAAACAAUAUCAUGGCAACAGAGGUUGCAGAAAGAGUGAAAAGUGUACUUGAGAAGAAGGGAUUGAGGGUGAAUGACACAGUAAUUGAGCUGCCUCCAGAUUAUGUUGAACCAACUCAUGCUUUACUACCAGGGAAAGUAAUGAAAUUGAAGAAUCGGAAAAAGAAGAAGGGCGACAAGGAUGAAGAGAAGAAGGCUGACGACAAUAUUGAGGAGAAGACUGAGGACAAGAUUGAGGAAAAGAAGGCUGUGGAAAUAGCUGAAGAAAAGAAGGCUGUGGAAAUAGCUGAGGAAAAGAAGGCAGAGGUCAAGGUAGUUGUGGAGGAGAAAAUCGGUAGUCCAAAGGAAGAAGUGCCUAAAAGAAGUGUGAAAUUGGUAUUUGGAGAGGAUAUAAGAUGGGCUCAGUUGCCAGUUAAUUGCACCCUCCUGCAACUGAGAGAGGUAGUCCGUGAUCGGUUUCCUAGCUCAAGGGCAGUUCUCAUCAAAUAUAGAGACCAAGAAGGUGAUUUGGUUACAAUCACUAGUAAUGAAGAGCUGAGGUGGGCAGAAGGAUCAGCCGAAUCAGAAGGCUCUGUCAGGCUUUAUGUUGUGGAAGUUAACCCUGAGCAGGAUCCAUUCUUUGAGAAACUGGAAAUUGAAGCACACAAGCUUGAUGUACAGCAAAAUAAUGUAGCCGAGAAUGGUAGCGUGGUAAAACAGAAGGAUAUGAAGGGGUCCCCUUGCGUUGAGGAUUGGAUAAUCCAUUUUGCUCAGCUGUUCAAGAACUAUGCUGGGAUUGAAUCUGAUGCAUACUUGGAUCUUCAUGAACUUGGAGUGAAGCUUUAUUCUGAGGCUAUGGAGGAGACAGUUACAAGUGAAGAAGCCCAAGACCUUUUUGACAUAGCAGGAGAGAAGUUUCAAGAAAUGGGAGCUUUAGCAUUGUUCAACUGGGGAAAUGUUCACAUGGCCAGGGCAAGGAAGAAGGUGUAUUUCACAGAAGAUUCUUCAAAAGAAUCAAUCAUUUCAAAUAUCCAAAGUGCAUAUGAUUGGGCACAAAAAGAAUACAUAGAAGCAGGAAGGAGAUAUGAAGAAGCGCUGCAGAUAAAACCAGACUUCUACGAAGGCUAUCUGGCCCUUGGGCAGCAGCAGUUUGAACAGGCAAAACUUUCUUGGUAUUAUGCAAUUAGCAGCAAUGCUGAUUUGGAGACGUGGCCUUCGACAGAGGUUCUACGACUUUAUAACUAUGCCGAAGACAAUAUGGAAAAAGGCAUGCAGCUGUGGGAGGAAUUGGAAGAGCAGCGUCUCAGUGAAAUCUCCAGUCCAAGUAGUGUUAAAUCCCAGUUGCAGAAAAUGGGUUUGGAUGGAAUUUUCAGAGACAUAUCAGAACAUGAAGCUGCAGACCAGGCUACAAGCAUGAGGUGUCAGAUAAAUCUCCUAUGGGGCACCAUGCUCUAUGAGCGAUCUAUUGUGGAAUUCAAAUUAGGGCUACCUCUGUGA